ACUCCUGCCACACAGUUCAGUUCUAAUCCCACGAACAAGCUCGAGUUGGAGCUGAGACUCACAGUGCCUCACUGCUCCUCCUGCUGUUCCUCCUCCUCUCCUUUUCCUCCUGUGGAAGUCUGAAUGAUGGGGCUGAAGCCUCCGAAUCGCUAUCUGCUGCUCCUGCUCUGCUUCAACUCUCUCUGUUGUUCAGCCAUCGAAUCGGUGAAUCUGGUGGAUUUCUGUGGCCAAACAAUCCGGAGAGAUGGAAUGAUCGUCAAGUCACACCAGGAAUCCAAAAAGUACUACUUUGUGACCAUGGGAACCGACUGUCACCUCACCAUGCAGGCCAGCUCGCCUAAAGACAAGGUCCAGUUCUACUUUCGCUUCUUCCUAGUCUACAGUUUGCUGAGAGUGGCUCCUUUAAGCCCCGCCCCUCUUGUCCAAGAGUCCUCACGUAGCUCCGCCUUUCUCAACUCAAGACUUGAUCCCACGUCCGGUGUAAGCCCAGAAGACCCGUGUUAUGCCGGCUCAUUCCUUCAGUUCUAUGACGGAAGAGACCGGAGCUCCCCAGCUCUUGGGCCUCCUCUCUGCGGGAAGUCUGCUCCCCGGCCAGUUCUGUCCACGGGAAACUACUUGACCCUAAGGCUGGUGACGCGGGGGACUCAGCCCAGGGUUGAUUUUGUUGGAGACUUCACCUCCUUCAGACUGGGGUUCAACCAAUCAGAGUGUAGAAGUGAGCCCUACUUCAGCUGCAGAAAUGGAAAGUGCAUCCCAGUCAGUCUUGUGUGUGACGAUAAAGACAUUGACAACUGUGGCGAUGGAAGUGACUUGGAGGAAAAUCUAACAACAAGCUGCAAACGUCAGCUUUCACCCACUGCACGUCCGCCCCAGAUUUCUACACCCACCCUGUCCUUGGUGAGUCUGCCAACCCAUGUUGGUGGGACGUGUAUGAACUGCAGCGUAACGGGUAGCAGUCUGAGGCGGGAGUCAGUAACCGCCUCCUCCCCGUCGUCCCUGCUGGCUUUAUACAUCAUCCUGGGUGUAGUGGCGGGGGGCUUGGUUCUCUGCUGGUGCUGCUGGUCGCCUGCUUGGUUCCUAUGGCGGCUCAGCGUCUGCCGCUUCUUGCCAUGCUGCAAGUCAACCUGCGCCACCUGCGCCUUCUUUCCCUGCAACCGUGCAAACGCCAAGGAGCAGCGAGUGUCAAAGGUCAGUCCUCACAUGCCGGUCAGCAGGAGCCCCCCGGACCCAGCGGCCAGCGCCGGCGACAAUCCGUGUUGACUGUGUGGACCACUUUCCACUUCCCGCUUUGGAAGUGGAAGUGGUUGUUCUGACCAUUGGUCAUGACAGCAAAACUUUUAUCCGUAGAGGUUGAUCCUAUGAGGUCAAUUUUGCCACACCGACGUUAGAGGAAAGCAGAAGCAGUGGGAGCUGGAGAAGCACGGUUUAGUUUUUGUAGCCUGUCCAGCCCUGCAUCAGAAACACCAGGCUUGUUUGAAUCUGUAAUUAAAUCUGUUUCAACUGUUUUCUUGAGCCACACAUACUUUAACUCUCCAGAAUCAGCUAAUAGAUUAUUUGAACCCUCAUUAUUCACGUAUUCAUGUUGGCAACAAGAAUACAUCAAAUAGCAAGACCGGCUUGUUAUUACCCAGUAAAACUGCUUAAUCUGAUGUGUUUAUAUGUCAGAGCUACUCUGUCGCUUUGCUUAUGUAAUAUGGCUGAUCUAUAAACUGGUAAAGCAGGCUAUGGUCUACCUGUGUAGUUUGAAUGUGAGCUGUUUAGUUGAACUGUAAUAAAACCAUAUUUAUACUCAGAGUAGUUUACAAAUAUCUCUCGUUCAGCAAAAUGACUGUGGAGAAGGAAAUUCAAAAUAAAAUUUUUUUUUAUUGUUUAAUGAGUUUAUGUCUGUGAAUGGGGUCAGUACCUUGAGAGGGCGCUUAUUGCAAACAUGU